AUGGCACAAACUCAAACUGUUGCUGAACCAGCCAAAGAGAGAUAUGUACCAAAUGGCUUGAAAUUUGCAUUUGGUGGAAUUGCCGGCAUGGCAGCAACAUGUGUGGUACAACCACUUGAUUUAAUAAAAACGCGAAUGCAGCUUAGUGGAGGUGGUCGCUCCUCUUUUGGAGUGGCUGGUGAGAUUGUGGCAAGGGAAGGGUUCCGUUCAUUGUAUACUGGGCUUUCAGCGGGAUUGUUACGUCAGGCAACAUAUACAACUACGCGUCUUGGUGUAUAUAGCUGGCUCUUUGAUGCCUAUAAAGAAAAACAUGGGGGCGAAGCGCCGGGUUUUGGUAUGAAGACAGCUCUAGGUAUUGCGGCAGGGUCUAUAGGUGCCUUCGUAGGGACCCCAGCAGAGGUGGCCCUUAUACGAAUGACAGCCGAUGGCCGACUACCAGCCGAACAACGAAGGAAUUACAAAAAUGUAGUCGACGCUUUAUUGAGAAUAGUUCGCGAAGAGGGCGUCCUAAAGUUAUGGCGUGGAGCAAUGCCCACGGUUGGGCGGGCUAUGGUCGUCAAUGCAGCGCAACUCAGCACAUACUCGCAGGCUAGAGAAAUGUUCGUGGGCUACGUCCCAGAUGGCAUAACGCUCCACUUCUGUGCUUCCAUGGUGUCCGGUCUGGUCACGACGAUAGCUUCUAUGCCAGUUGAUAUCAUCAAGACGAGAAUACAAAACGCGGCAAAGGGACAGAGUCAGAUGGCAGUAGUGACCAGUCUGCUUCGCAACGAGGGAGUCUUAUCCCUCUGGAAGGGCUUCUUGCCUUACUACGCGAGACUCGGACCCCACACCGUCCUCACUUUCAUCUUCCUCGAACAGCUUAACGCUGCUUACUUUAAGUACUCUUAA